ACGCAAAAACACGACUAGAGUAAAAAGUCGUCACUUGCAUUUACAAAUAAGUUGUAUUUCGCCUUCUGAAUAUAGUUGGAUUAUACGACAGGUGUUCUUUGAUUACAGUUACACCUCCCCGUUCCCCCCACCUCACUCCUCAAAGCUUGCGCUUGUAAAGUUCACAUUGAAAUAAAACAAACUUUUAAACAAGUUUAAGGGCAAAAUAAUGAACUUUGUAUGUGUAAAUACCUAUGUAAAUCCUUGAAAUAGACAUGAAGAGUGUGUAUUUGUCAUCUGUGAUAUAGUUAAGUGUUUUGUGAGUUAAAAUUAGUUCCAAACAACAAAAAUGUCGGAGUCGUCUUCAGCUAGUGGUAGCUCAAAAUCAGCUCCUCUUGUCUCAAUAAGUGAAGUCAGUGGAUUAUUCGAAUCUGCGAAGAAAUAUGAAGAGCUCAACGUCAUUGGCACGGGUGCCUAUGGAACCGUCUACAAAGCCCGCGACCUGCUCAAAGGCGGGCAGAUAGUUGCCAUGAAGAAAGUGAAGGUGGCGCUGACUGAGGAUGGGAUCCCGCUGUCCACGCUGCGGGAGAUUGCAUUGCUACAACAGCUAGGAGCCUAUAAACACCCCAACAUUGUCAGAUUGCUGGACGUGUGUCAUGGCGGUCACUCCAUGGAACGGGAGCAGCUGGUGCUGUUCCUCGUCUUCGAGCAUGUGGAACAAGACCUGGACUCGUAUCUCAAGCGGGCUCCUGGACCGUUGUCAGAAAAUAGGAUCCGGAGCAUGUCUUACGACAUCCUCUCCGGCGUGGACUUUCUCCACUCCCACCGCAUAGUCCACCGAGACCUGAAGCCACACAAUCUUCUGGUGACAUCUGAAGGUCGCGUCAAACUUGCAGACUUCGGCCUCGCCAAGACUUACGAUACUGAUAUGAAGCUCACCAGUGUGGUGGUAACCCUGUGGUACCGGCCUCCCGAGGUCCUCCUUGGAGUAUCCUACAACACUGGCGUGGACGUGUGGUCAGCGGGCUGCGUACUCGCCCAGCUGCACUCCCGAGCCCCUCUGCUGCCCGGGGCGUCUGACUCCGACCAGCUGCACUGCAUAUUCAGAUUGAUCGGGCGCCCACCCAGAGAAGAGUGGCCAGAGAACGUGUCCAUCGUAGCCGACAGCUUCCCGGAGUAUCCUCCACAGGACCUGGCUGACGUGCUGCCCAGAAUACACCCCCACGCCCUGGACCUCAUACGGCGCAUGUUGGUAUUCGACCCGGCCAAGCGGCUGACGGCGCUCGACUGUCUGGAGCACCCUUACUUCACCGACGAGCCCCUCACGUAACAUUACUUCACC